CUCCGGAGCCCACGAUGACUCCGGAGCAGCGGCUGGGAGCAGCCUCUCCGCACGGGCACAGCAGCCCACGCACGGGGUUUAAAGCCCAGAGCACGCGACCCCUGAAAGGGAGCCUCGGGCUUCUUGGGGGUGGUGGGGGGGUGCAGCGUACAAGGGCCACCAGAGGGGAGCUACCCCCAGCUGUCACCGCAGUGGCCUGGGAGCACCCCGGGCAUGGAGCCCGUGGUCCCCAGCCUGUGAGAGAGGUCGGGCCUGCCCCCCAGCACAUGGAGCAGAAGCUCUUACCUUACAGAAAAAACCCUGAGAAACCCAUGCACAGACUCCAGCAAAACCCUAACCAUUUACAUUUCAGUCUGAAUAAAGCGCAGCUGUGGGGGUGCCCCGGCCCUGCCCCCGCUCCAUCACUAACGGUGGCUCCUCCCCCCGGAGCCGAGCUGUGGGUGCUCAGCGUUCACACUCUCCGUGUCCCUCGGACGCUGUGGGGUGAGACGGGGCCCCGGCCACCAUUCCCAUGGAAGGAGGGCCAGGUUCCCGGGCACCUCACCAGCUCCACAUACUCCCCUCCCCCCCCAACAAUCAUGCAUGCACCUGCUGGGCCCGCCUUCCUCGAGACACAGGUGACCCUAAAGAACUCUGUAUUUUCAAUGUGCCUUCUCCUGCUUCAGGGCCUGGGGGCUCCUCCUGACCCUCCCUCGUGUGGCCCCGGCCCUGGGCCUAAUCCCACUUGUCCUGGAGCCCAGAGCAGCUCGACCAGGAGCAGCCUCUGGGAUGGGGUCUCGGCCCUUCCCCCUCCCUCCGUUGAUUUCAGUGCCUUGCUCAGCUCUCCAGGGAACCCCUUGCAGCCUCCCCCCUGCAUCUCACCGUCAUCGAACUUUGGACAGAGCGAGGACGCCAGGUCUCCUGGGGCCCACGGUGGUCUCAGGGCAGGGGGACAUGGCAUUUGCAAGAACAUGGGGAGUCCGCAGGCGGCCCCAGCCCUCCCCUAUGGCCCCCUGGCAGCCCCGGCCUGUGAGAGUCCCGUGUCCUAAUCGGCCGCGAUCUGCUGUCUCUCUUU